CCCAUCGAAGCUGAGUUGUUACCCAAGCCAAUGCAGCCAAAAGUUGUUCCGCAGCAGAUGAACCAAUUAGCUACAAAGAAGAAAAGAGCUCGGCAUGCUGUGAGACCUGGAUAUGCCAGACAACCUGACAGUAAAGGGGAACCCAGUGAGCCAAGUGAUAUGAUUGCUGAGGGGACAGUUGGUAAAACUGAACAGGAAUCCAAGGUGGAAGAAGAUCAGACAAGAGCAGCAGAAGGAGUCACAAAACUUGGCGAAGAGAGUGGUGAGCCUUCCACACCCUUGUAUUCCAUUGGAACCCCAUCAUCUUCAGAUGAAAAUUUGUUUGAAGAGAUGAAGAUCAAUAUCACUGAAGGAAAUGUUACAGAAACUCCCAGCAGAGAAUCCUUAAAAGACUUAGACUUGAAUACAUCAACUCCACCCCAGGGUGACAAAAUUAUUGUUGAUGAAUUUAAUCCAAUUGAUGCUGUAAGUGACCACUCGGAAACUGCGUCUAAAUCUUCUUGCAUGGAGGUACAAGACAAAACCUUAGAGGUGUCAAACAACACAAAGAGUUUGGAAGAAGAUGAAAGUAUUUUUGAAAGUGGGAAAUAUUUGGAUUCAGAUGAAGAUCUUUCUAAGGCAUCUGGCAGAAGAAUAGAUGAAGGCUUUGCUGGGGAAACCUCUCUAAACAGUGCUGUGGAAAGUGAAAUACUAACUUUACAUUUUACUCCUGGGUCAAAUGAACAAGUUAAACAAAAUGUGGAGGUAGAAUUUAAAGAAGAAAGACUCGUUAUGGAUCAGAAAAAGAGUGAUCUUAAAGAACCUUCGAAGAAGCUAAACAAUGUGUUGACUCACUUGAAACUUCAACUUACAAGUCUAAGUAAAGACAAAUGGUGCCUAAAAAGCCUUGAGGAAGAGUUGUUAAAGAUUUACACAGAGUUGUGCAAUGUGGAGAAUGAAAAAGAAGAAGAAUUCAAACGACUUCAGAUGGAAGAAAGCCAGGCCUUAGCCUGUGACAAUUAUGACCUGGCAGAAGAGAUCAGUAACAGAAUGGAACAACUCAAGCAAGAUUUGGAAUUUGCAAGGUAUAGGCUACCAGCUCGAGAUGAUAAGAGAAGAACAAAAAGAGUGUCUGGUCAGACACACAGAUACUCAGGCUACCUGGAGUGCAAAGGAAAAACAGCAUCUGAAUUCUGAUCGGCAGAGACUGGAAAGAACAAUGGACCAUCUGAGGCUUGACAAGGAGCAUAUGGAGGCAGAGGGUGUGGAACUAAGUAAAGAAAUUCUGCUAAAAACUGAGGAGUUCCAAACCAAAAAGGAGGGGUUGCUUUUAGAGAGGGGAGCCUUGCAGGCAAAAAUCUCAUCACUGGAGGCUAAGCUGGCCAAGUUGAGAACCAAAGAAUCAGAAUUAACAGCUUUCAUUAAAGAGCAAGACAAUGAAAUAGACUCUGUCAAGUUGGAAUUCAGCCCACAGCAACAAGCCCUUGAUAAACAGCAUCAGGAAAUAGAAAGAAGAGAGAGGUCACUUCAGGAAGAAUUUAGGCUGUUGUCAUCUAGUCAAGAAAUUUUUGAUGCCAAAGUAGAGGAAAGUCAAAGAAAAGAACAAGAGUUGACUGAUGGUAUAACUGAGGCUUCAGAAGAGCUGGAAAAAUACGAAAAGUUAAUCAAACAGCUAGAAGGGCAACAGGAGUCUGCUCAAGUAUUUCUAAACAUGAAACAUUUUACUUUUCACACAGAUCCCAAAGUAACAAGUCUGGAAGCCAAACACAAAGAAGUGUCCCAGGAGGUAAAAACUUUUACCAACAAGAUCCACAUGGGGCAAAGACGCGUGGUUACCCUGAGGAAGACUGUGAAUGAAAUCGAGUCCCAGAUCUCUGAUCUGGACGCAGUCAAAAAAAUAGCGAUUGAAGAGAGAAAUUUUAAGGAGGCUAAACGGCUGAAAGAAGAAAGUGAAACUUUGACGCAACAGGGAGUUGAAAGCCAAGAAAAACUCGAAUCUUUGUUGAAGGAACUUGCAGAAGAUGGAAAGUUGUUAGAGGAAGCGCAAAAACAGAACGCGGACCUGGAAGUAAAGAUCAAUGAAAAAGAGCGUCUUAAUGCUGUGGUUGUUGUAGAGGAAGCAUCCGUUAUGAUUCAAGUCCUUCAGGAACAAAUUAAGAGAGUCGGUGAUGACAGUCUGAUCAAGGCUUUGCUAGAGACCGAAGCUAAAACAUGCGAAAAUCUCAUAUCAGACUUGUGUGAAAAGCAUGGCAUUUCAAUACCAGAUGUGAGUGACACUGAGGACAAAGAUCAACGGGAGGACACAACAGUGAAGGGGUCUGUUUCUGAGCCUACCAAGCCCUCAGAAAGAGAACACAUCCAACGGCAAGAUUACAACGAUCUAGUGGACAAAUUGAGUGAAUUGGAGGGAAGACUGGAGGCUGUGAUAGAAAUUGAAGAUUUUGACGAGGCUGAUAUCCUUUUAUGA